GGGUACUCUAGCUGCACCCAGGCGCCCCGCCCUCGACCACGCCCCUUUCCAGCCCGCCCCGCCCCUCGCUCUCUGCCGGGCCCCGCCCCCUGGGUAGCCCCCCGCCCUCGCAGCCGGCCCCGCCCCCUCCCCCAGGCCCUCGCCAGCAGUCCAGGGAAGGGACGGCGGGACGGACAAGCGGGACGCGAGGGAGGGCGGACGGGGCGGGGACAUGGCCGCGGCGCCCGGAGGGUCUGCGCCGCCCGCCGGCCCCGGCCCGCGCCUGGCUUUCAGCACCGCGGACAGCGGCGUCGGCAUGAGCGGGCUGAACCCAGGUCCCGCUGUGCCCAUGAAGGACCACGACGCCAUCAAGCUCUUCGUGGGGCAGAUCCCGCGGGGCUUGGACGAGCAGGACCUCAAGCCGCUGUUCGAGGAGUUCGGCCGCAUCUACGAGCUGACGGUGCUGAAGGACCGGCUCACCGGCCUCCACAAAGGCUGUGCCUUCCUCACCUACUGCGCCCGGGACUCUGCCCUCAAGGCCCAGAGUGCAUUGCAUGAGCAGAAGACCCUGCCAGGGAUGAAUCGUCCGAUCCAAGUGAAGCCGGCUGCCAGUGAGGGCCGAGGAGGCUGUGCCUUUGUGAAAUUUGGGAGUCAAGGGGAAGCUCAAGCUGCCAUCCAGGGACUGCACGGUAGCCGGACAAUGACGGGCGCCUCAUCCAGCCUGGUGGUGAAGCUGGCAGACACCGACAGGGAGCGCGCACUGCGGAGGAUGCAGCAAAUGGCUGGCCAGCUGGGCGCCUUCCAUCCAGCGCCACUGCCUCUCGGGGCCUGUGGCGCUUACACCACUGCGAUCCUGCAACACCAGGCAGCAUUGCUGGCGGCAGCACAGGGUCCCGGGUUAGGCCAGGUGGCUGCGGUGGCCGCUCAGAUGCAGCAUGUAGCAGCCUUCAGCCUGGUGGCUGCACCACUGCUGCCUACAGCAGCCAACACAUCACCUGGUGGCGGUGGCCCUGGUGCACUUCCUGGCCUUUCAGCUCCCAUGGGGGUCAAUGGAUUUGGAUCCUUGAGUCCCCAGACCAACGGACAGCCAGGCUCCGAUACGCUCUAUAACAAUGGGCUUUCUCCUUAUCCAGUCCAGAGCCCCGGUGUGGCUGACCCCCUGCAGCAGGUCUACGCUGGGAGACACCACUAUGCAGCAGCCUAUCCCUCGGCUUAUGCCCCAGUGAGCACAGCUUUUCCCCAGCAGCCUUCAGCUCUGCCUCAACAACAAAGAGAAGGCCCAGAAGGCUGUAACCUCUUCAUCUAUCACCUGCCUCAGGAGUUUGGGGACGCAGAACUCAUACAGACAUUCCUGCCCUUUGGAGCUGUUGUCUCUGCCAAAGUCUUUGUGGAUCGUGCCACCAACCAGAGCAAGUGUUUUGGCUUUGUUAGUUUUGACAAUCCAACCAGUGCUCAGACUGCCAUCCAGGCCAUGAAUGGCUUUCAGAUCGGCAUGAAGAGGCUCAAGGUCCAGCUAAAGAGACCUAAGGAUGCCAACAGGCCUUACUGAUCAGCACUCACUGAUCAGUAGCAGAUAGAAACUGAAGAGUGAGAAGAAAGGAAAAAGAAAAGCACAGAAAUGCUGGAGUGGCCCUACCGGAAGGAGCGGCAGCAGACGCAGGUGGACCGGACCCAGGGCUGGCGCCUGGGGCUCAGGCCACUCAUCAUGUGGGUUGUUCCACGGAGUGCUCAAGCUGGCAGGGCAACCAGUGCUGGCUGAGGAUCGACUGAUCUAAGGGAACCAGCAGAGGGCCUCGGGGGUGCCAAGGGCUUCUCAGCAAGGGAAGCCCAGAUUUACUUCGUUCAAAAUCAUAUCAUUCCUUAGUGUUUAGGGACCAAAGGACUAUUGCUUUUUUUAAGAAUAUAUAUAUAUAUAUAUCUAUAUA